GACCUGAGCAUGCGCACGCUCAGCACUCCCAGUCCAGCAUUAAUAUUUCCACCAAAUUCCCCUGGCUUCCAGAAUGGCAGAGGGUCAUCAACGUCUUCAUCCUCAGUCACCGGGGAAACCGUUGCCAUGGUCCACUCGCCACCUCCAACGCGUCUCACUCAUCCUCUCAUUCGGCUGGCGUCCAAGCACCAGAAGGAACAGGCCAACAUCGACCGGCUGCCCGACCACUCCAUGGUCCAGAUAUUCUCCUUCCUGCCCACCAACCAGCUGUGCCGCUGUGCCCGCGUGUGCCGCCGCUGGUACAACCUCGCCUGGGACCCCCGACUCUGGAGGACUAUUCGCCUCACCGGCGAGACAAUCAACGUAGACAGGGCUCUUAAAGUGCUGACCCGGAGGCUUUGUCAGGAUACACCCAACGUAUGUCUCAUGUUGGAGACAGUAAUUGUUAGUGGCUGCAGGCGGCUCACAGACAGAGGACUCUACACCAUUGCCCAGUGCUGUCCAGAACUGAGGAAGCUGGAGGUGUCUGGCUGUUACAACAUCUCCAAUGAGGCGGUCUUUGAUGUCGUGUCACUGUGUCCAAACCUGGAACAUCUGGAUGUGUCAGGCUGCUCCAAGGUGACGUGCAUCAGUUUGACUCGCGAGGCCUCCAUCAAGCUGUCUCCCUUGCACGGGAAACAGAUUUCCAUUCGCUACUUGGACAUGACGGACUGCUUCGUCCUGGAGGACGAGGGGCUGCACACCAUCGCCGCGCACUGCACGCAGCUGACCCACCUCUACCUGCGCCGCUGCGUCCGCAUCACCGACGAGGGGCUGCGCUGCCUGAUGAUCUACUGCACGGCCGUCAAGGAGCUGAGCGUCAGCGACUGCCGCUUCGUCAGCGACUUCGGCCUGCGGGAGGUGGCCAAGCUGGAGUCGCGCCUGCGGUACCUCAGCAUCGCGCACUGCGGCCGCGUCACCGACGUGGGCGUCCGCUACGUCGCCAAGUACUGCGGCAAGCUGCGCUACCUCAACGCGCGGGGCUGCGAGGGCAUCACGGACCACGGCGUGGAGUACCUCGCCAAGAACUGCACGAAACUCAAAGCCCUGGAUAUUGGCAAGUGCCCUCUGGUCUCGGACGCCGGCCUGGAGUUUCUGGCCCUCAACUGCUUCAACCUGAAGCGCCUGAGCCUGAAAUCUUGUGAGAGCAUCACGGGACAGGGCCUGCAGAUCGUAGCUGCCAACUGUUUCGACCUGCAGAUGCUGAACGUGCAGGACUGUGACGUCUCUGUGGACGCCCUGCGAUUUGUUAAGCGGCACUGCAAGCGCUGUAUUAUCGAGCACACCAACCCUGCCUUCUUCUGA